CAGAGAAAUUCGAACAGACACUGCAUUUCUCCGUCUUCUCCAAACACUCAUCCAAGACCAGAAGCCCACCAUCAUCCCCACAUCCCAUCCUCUCUACCGCCGUCCAUACACCAAAACUCCAUGUCUACCCAAGACUCUCCAUCAAACAACGCUCUCACUGUAGUAGUUUCAGACCCACAACAACAACCACAGCAGCUACAGCUACAGCCCCAUAUUUCCACCAGCACCAGCACCGCUCUUACUGUAAAGAAACCACCUUCAAAAGACCGCCACAGCAAGGUCGACGGCCGUGGCCGUCGCAUACGCAUGCCCAUCAUCUGCGCUGCACGUGUCUUCCAGCUUACGCGCGAGCUGGGCCAUAAAUCCGACGGUCAGACCAUCGAGUGGCUCCUCCGCCAAGCUGAGCCGUCGAUCAUCGCUGCAACAGGGACCGGAACCACCCCCGCCAGCUUCUCCACCCUCUCCGUUGCCGUCCGCGGUGGAUCAUCCGUGCCGUCCACUCUCGCCGCGCUCGACCACAAACCGGGUCCCGCCGCUCUCGCUCCGGCCCCGUUUAUACUCGGCAAGAGGCUCCGGGACGAUGAUUCCGUCAACGGCGCCAAGGACGAUAGCAGUAGCAGCGGGCUCGGUGUGGGCAUAGGCGGGCCUGCUGCCGGGUUCUGGGCUGUGCCUGCCCGACCCGAUUUCGGGCAGCUAUGGAGUUUCGCCGCACCGGAAAUUGUCCUUCCGCAGCAACCUAUGGGGCGGUUCAUGCCGUCGAUGAGGGAGGCAUCGGCCGCAAGGGUUGGGAACUAUCUUCCACUCCAGGGGCAUCUGAAUUUGCUCGCUUCGCUGUCGGGGCCGCCUGCAGCGGCUUCCGGAAGGAGAGAGGACGAGCCUCGCUGAUGGGUUGGGUAUAGGGUUAGGGUUUUAGGGUUUUAGGGUUUGUGGAUUUGUUGACAAUUAGGGGUGUUUACUUCUAGUGUUUGGGGUUCUGUUGAUUGAGAGACUGGGGAUUUAAGGUUUUAGAUGAAGGGCUCUUGGAGGUUUGGGAAUCUGGGUGUGUGGAUAUUUGAAAUGUUGAUAAUAGUGUUUUCUAUGGGUGAUCCCUGAAUUAGGGUUUUCUCUGUGUUUUGUUGCAAAUGGGCAGUUUUAUCAUUGCAAUUAGGGUGAGGGGAAUUGCGGUUUUCUGUGUGAAAUUAGGUUUGUAGAAGUAUCCGAAUUCUCCAUGUUUCAGUCAAUAAGCUGUUCUGUUGUCACUCUUUCAUGGGCUUUCUUUGUAAAUGGGCAUUUGGGUUUUGGGGGAGAAGAGCUUGAAAGGCUGGUGCUUGUGGUUUUACCUGAAUUCUAUCUACUUCUGCAAAGACACUGUUUAUCAUGGGACUGUGGUGUGGCAAUGUGAUCCGGUUUAUGGGUUUUUCUGCUUUUGGUAAGUUGGGGGAAGAGCUUGAGAAACUUGGGUGGACAGACAUAGCUGAGAUUCUGCAAUCAGAAACUUGGGUUGGUGAAAUGUUAUUUUGAAAGUCACAAGAGAAUAAUGAGGCUGAGUUUGGAUGGACAAGUCAAUUGAAUUGCAAACAGUCAGUCUAAAAGAGAGGACAUAACAGUAUUCAAUCGAGGAAGAGCCCUCAAAUUGCAGUUAGAUUCCUUUCCAGUCCAGCUUUGACGGUAUUGUGAUUGCAAUUUCAAACCAAGCUUGCCCGAAGUGCUUCUGGGUGGCUUGAGUUUGAGAUGCGUCUGGGAAGAGCUUGGGAGGGGUUCGUGGCAGUAGCUGACGUCUCUCUGUCUCUCACUAUAUAUGUUGGUGUGAAGAAUUUGGAGAAGGUUGUGAAAAAAGCUUCUCUUCAAGUCUGUAAGUUGUCUAUCCUUAGUUACAACUGUAUUUUAGCCAUUUUUCUGGAUUUAUUAGCAUCGAAAUAAUGGGGUUUUCGUUGUAUGUAUUGUAUUGUUUGGGCUGCCUGGAGUCAGUGUGAAUAAAAGUAUAGCUGUUUCCAUUGCUGA